AUGGCCGACACUCUCGAAGAUGAUCCAUAUGCGGGGCUCCAGUCUUCUUCGGGGGAGGAAGAGGAGGAGGAGGAGGUCCAGGAGACAGAGGUGCCCGUGGAGUCCUUGAUUUCCGGGCGCGCGAAGCGAAGCACCGCUGGACUACAUAUGUCUGCGCUCCUCGAAGCCGCCGCAGACGACGACCUUGCUCUACUAUUCGAGGAGGUGGAUGAUGAUAAUGAAUUCGCAGAGGAUGCAGACGCAGCGGAGGAAGAGGAUAUGGGACUUGAAUCUUCCUCGGACGAUGAUGAAGACCAGGGUCCGAACGCCCAGAGCGACUUGGAGGGUGAAAAGCAACUCCAGAAGGAAGAGCGCAAGAAACGCCGAGCGCAGAAUGACCUCCGAUUUCAGACCCUACGAAAGCGCGUCAAAAUCGACCCUACCGCCGUCUCCGCCGUGCCUCCUCCCCGACCGAAAAAGAAGUCGGAGCGUAUCUCAUGGCUCCCUACGCUGGAAGACGGCCCUACACGGACCUCGUCUCGCAGGCAGACCAUGGCCAACAAGGAAAUCACCCAUGCGCGCCUCAAGGAUAGUCAGGAGAAGCGCAUUCGCAUCAUUGCUACAAUGAAAGAGGCGGAGAAGCGGAAGGCCCAUCUGAAGCCCAAGGAAAUGACCCAAGAAGAUCAUCUCGCGGAGGCAGCGAGGAUCGAACGACUCAACAGCAAGAGCGUGAAUCGGUGGGAAGCAGCGGAGAAAAGGAGGGCGGAGGAGCGAAAAGCCAAGAUCGAGGCGCUGCAGAACCGCCGCCUCGAUGGCCCUGUCAUAUCCUUCUGGAGCGGAGUGGCUACAUGGACGAAUGGCCGUCUCACCCGAGUGGGCAAGGUCGAUAUCAAGGUGAAGCCGGAUAAGCCCAAGUCGGAGAAGGAUGAUCCCAAGAAGAAAAAGAACGAGGAGAAAGCUACGGAAUCACAGGGUCCUCAGAGUGCUCCUCCUACUCCUGCACACACGCAACAGUUACCUUUGAGCGCCCCCGGCCCCGCCCAUCCUGAAGGUGCUCCUUCUCCGGUAGCAAAUGGCCAACCCACUGCUAUCCCGCCAUCUGAUCAGAACGAUCCCCAAAAUCCUCCUGUCCCGGGGAACGUGUCAGCUUCGACAGCACCUCCAAUACCCGCUGCACCUAGCACGGUCGAACCCGCCAAAUCCAACGAUCAAGUUAGUGAAAACGAACCAGCGGCCGACUCUACCAAGCAAGAUGAGAACAAGGCCGCCGAUACCCCCGUCGACAGCACCGCCGAGACCCCAGCUUCCACGACCAAGUUUUCUGAUAAGUAUCCAACGCCGGUCGUGGAAAUCCCGGCGCCUCCUAAACCUGAUGCACCCGUGACCGAUAAACCACCCAGUCCAACGUCGACAGAAACUCCUCCGAAGGAGGUCAAUGCCAUGGACGUCGAUCAAAAGCCACCGCAAACAAAUGCCGAGACCGAAGCCUCGCAGCCGGCACCUGAUCAAACAAAUCCCCCGACCGCCACAAGCGCCGACACACAAACAGAUUCAGGGGACGGCUCUCAGACUAACAUCGGGCCUAGUACAACGGGGCAUUUGCAGCAGGUGACACUUCAGCCAGAGCCUGCACCUGCAGCCACCCCAUUGGGCCCUCAAGCCCCUUCCGUCAAGUCGACCGAUGCAGCCCCCCUGCACACCACGCCGCCCGAGAUUGCUGCAAUCCAGGGCCCCCAACCCGGUUCAGCCCCGCCGGCACCUCUUCAGUCACCUGAAGUGAAUGGCUUGCCAGCACAGUCAGAGGUGCCGCCCGUCCCGCCGGUUAUCGAAAAGACCGGGCGCAACCUGACGAUCCUCGAGAACUUCGACGAUAGGACGGCACAUAGUAAAAAGUACAGCAUGUAUUUCAACGCUAGAAAGCCGCCUCGCUUGACCAAAAUCUCGUCAUCACUUUGUGUCAUCACCUCAUUACCAUCUCGGUAUCGUGAUCCAGAGACAUCACUCCCUUACGCUAAUUCCUACGCAUAUGGGCAAAUCCGAAAGAUGCUGUCCCAAGGGUACAUCUGGAGUUCGAUGCUGGGCUGCUUCGUUGGCGCUGCAGGCACCGCGGCGCGUGGCGUACCCGAUCGAUUCUUGGGUAAAACAACGGUCGGGAAAACCGAGACUAAGGCCCCGGAGGAGGUCCAAUCGGUCCCGAAGGUCUCGGCGAAGAAUCAAGCAGCUACGGCCGAGCCAACGGCGAUGGACCAGGCCAGUUAA